AUGAAGUCUUGCGAGGUUUUGCUCCUCGUGUUCGUUGCGUUUUUUAUGAUAAACGCAAGUGCUGCAGAGAAAGAAUGCCCAGAAUGGGCAAUCGCUAUUGAAACUGAAGAGGGACGUUUAUGCAUCUGCACCAAAGGCUAUUUUGGAGACACUUGUCAGCUAAACGGUAAGAGCUGCACGAGAGAUCUCGUGAUUGAUUAACUGCUAAUUAAUGAAGUGCGCAUGCGGAAUGGAAUGUUUACGAAUCAUAAAACUUGCAAGCGUCGCAAUUGAGUUCUUAGACAUGCCGAGGUUUUAGAAGAAAAAGCACUUAUUGCGUGAUACACUAUCAAUUGUAACUUCGUCAACUGCCCUACUGCAAGUUUGGUCGAUGCUGGGAUAGGCCUGUUUAUAUUUAGGAAUUCGGAAUAACAAACUGGAAUAUCUCGAGUCAAACCCUGUUAGUUUUCGUACUGUAUUAAAUCGGACAUAAAGGGGACAAUUGUACUGAAGUUGAUAACAAUCUGUUACUCCGUAACGCUUCAAUCAAUAUAAAAGAUUAAUACUUAAAUAAAUGGAUUAAAGAGUAAAAAACCAUAUUUUUUUCAAUAGUAUCCUCUUUGGAGAAGAAUGAGAAGACUUUGAAUCAGAGUGAAGGCAACUGCAGGUUCUGGCAUCAGUGCCUUGCCGGUAAGCAACUACACAGAACAUUUUGUUUUGGUUUGUUGAAACAUCACGUUUACUUAUUUUUCUAAGCCAACCAUUCAAUUCGAAAUUCCAGAUCUUUAUCAAUGCAAAUGAUGUAAAACAAUCGCGUCAUUAGAAAGUCAAUUAACUACAAAUUAAAACGUUAAUUAGAUUAGUAACGUCAAUUCAUUAGUUACGUCAUCAUGUUUUUUCGCCGGAAAAAGAACCAGAGUUGCAUGACCAGGGAGUUAAAGAAGAUAAAAAAGCCUGGGAACGAGGUUGACAAAAGUCUUGCUAUCAAAGAUAGACUUGACACACAAUCGAAAUAUGGAUGAUAAUUUUCAUGUUGUAAUUUGUUUGUUUUAGUUCGUUGGUUCAACCUGAUGAGAUCUUUCAAAGCAUUCUUCAAAGAUUUUGAACAACUCUCCUUCGUAAUUGGCGUAGUGACUGGCGUCGUCGCCUCACCCAUUUUGCGAGCUAUUGUUUACGCUGUUGUCAGGUGAGACACUCAUUAACGUUCGACUCCAUCCAACCUCACACCCAAUUAAAAAUAAAUCGCCAAUUUAUUUCCACUACAUAACCUUCACUAAAUGCUAACCUGUUUAUUUCCAAACCAUAGGCUGUGCAUUCUUUGCAACGGAAAGAAGAUCCGCAAAGAUCAAAGCGAGCUCCGUGCAAGCACUGAAAGCCAGCCUUCUUCUGGCUCAGUGGUCAUUGAAAUGGAGCCACAGCUGCAAGAAUGUCCUGAGGCAUCGAAGGACGAUGGCGCUGACAGUCAGCCGAUAGAUCAGCCACAGGAAGACAAACAGUCAGAACUCCCUGGAGCAGACUGUGCUUCCGAGAGUAUUUCAAAGUGA